AUGGGUGUGAGAGGCUGUGAGCCUUUCCGUGUCCUCGAGGAGGCUUAUUUUCAUUCUGCUCAGGUCCUUUCUCACAACUUGUGCACAGUGUUAAAUGUUCCCCACGACCCAGUGGCCUUGGAGGAGCACUUCAGGGAUGAUGAUGAAGGACCAGUUUCCAAUCAGGGUUACAUGCCUUAUCUGAACAAAUUCAUCUUGGAAAAGGUUCAAGGAAACUUUGACAAAGUUGAAUUCAACAGGAUGUGCUGGACUCUCUGUGCUAAAAAGAACCUCUCUAAAAGUCCUUUGAUGAUGAGUGAUGAAGAUGCGUUUAAAGUGUGGGCUAUUUUUAACUUCUUAUCAGAGGACAAAUACCCUUUAAUCAUUGUACCUGAGGAGAUUGAAUAUUUACUUAAAAAACUCACUGAAGCAAUGGGAGCAGGCUGGCAGCAAGAGCAGUUUGACCAUUAUAAGAUUGCUCUCAACACCACUCAAGAAGGUCUUUCUGCAUGGGAGCUAAUUGACCUCAUUGGAAGUGGGCAGUUUAGUAAAGGGAUGGACCGACAGACGGUAUCCAUGGCAGUGAAUGAAGUCUUCAGUGAGCUUAUAUUAGAUGUACUCAAACAG